AUGCCCAGGAAUAUGCAGCAACGGUUCUAUUUACCAGUGAUGUCGAUGAAAGACCUGACGCUCUGGAUGGCCAAGCAGAGCAGUGGAAACAUCGUAUUUCCGUAUCGCUGUGAGAGAUGCGGCAAGGGUUACCAGCAUCGCGGCACCUUGCUGAGACACACGCGACACGAGUGUGGCAAGGAACCGAAAUUCAAGUGUCCCUAUUGCCCUCACAAGACGAAACAACGUGGCAAUCUGUAUCAACAUAUUCGGAUGAUAGCUUGGCAAAGUAUCCAUCAAUAUCACCAGAAUCAGAUGACUAGUCAACACAAAAUUCUACACAAUUCUAAUUACGCAAAUCCGAAGAUUUCCCAGUUAAAAUUUCCCAGUUAUCUUGAUAAGAAACCGGGUUUUUUUGAGUGCCCGAAUUGCGGCAAGUAUUACCGCUGGCUGAGGAACAUGAGAAGUCACUUGAAGAUUGAAUGCGGCAAGGAUCCGAAGGAGUGUUGCCCAUUCUGCCCGCAUCGCACCAAGUACAAGAGCAGUCUCAAGUACGCGUGCCAAUGGUGCGGACGAAGCUUCUCGUGGCCGUCGAGCCUACGGCUACACCAGAAAAUGGCGUGCGGUAAACCGCCCAAUUUCCACUGCACCGUCUGCGAUUACAAGUCGAACUUCAAAGGCAACCUCAAGAGGCACCUGUUUUGCAAGCACAAUAUAGAUUUGUAUUGA